AUGAGAAAGUCCAUGUUGAGUACAAAAAUUGUGUAAACGACUUUUACGAAUCAUCUCGUUACUCAGCAUUUUUCACCAGUAGCCGAAGGGUUUCGACAGACCGUAGCAUUCUGUUGUUUGAUAGAAAAAGUGUAAGGAGAAGAGACGAAGGAAGAUCACGAUAUCCAUACCAUGAAAAUAACAACAAAGGGAUCAAGUGCAGCGCAAGAGGUGCAAGGGGGCUAAAUGGAGAACGAUGUAAAAGUGUUCAUGUUCACGACACAGCCACCCGGUACGUUGAAAGCGCACAGAUGAGAGAGAUGGGUAUAGUUGGUAGCCAGCGGUUUUUGCGAUUAGCCGGGCUCUGGACUGCUGCUAUACCCCAGCUUGAACCUCAACUCUCUGUCCCUCUCUACAACGCUUGUCCUCCGUUUUCUCCCCCUUUGGAAGCUGAUCCGCAGCAUCCCCUGUUCCCCAAAGUCACCGCGAAACUUUGUUUAACCAAAGUCAGCAAGAAACAAUGGAAUGGACGUAGGUUAGUACCCUAUUUAUACAGACCUACCCUUAUUUCACCCUCCCACCCGUAUCUCGGAGCGAGAGGGCUGAAACUUUGUAAAACCGCACUCCACAUCCAUAAUUUACCUGUACUUUUUAUUAAUUUCGUGAUUAAUUGA